AUAGAUAAUGUUAUCAGCAAGUCACAACAUAUCAGUAGCACUACCAGGCAGUGUGCCGUUCGGUUUUAAGAUGCAGGGUGGGAGAGAGUACCGUACCCCCCUCACUAUACUAUCCGUGUCAGCUGGGAGCAAGGCGUUUAACCAGGGAUUGAGAAACGGGGACGUGUUAUUAAAGAUAAACUCAAGUCUCACACAUAAUCUAGAACACACCGAGGCCAUGAAGCUUAUAAAGACUGCAAAAGACGGACUUAAUCUUACUUUGACAAGAGGGACCUGUAGUCGUGAGGAAGCACUCAGCGCCAUGAAGCAAUUUUGUGAAGAGUUAGUUGAGGAACCGCCUCCCCCACCUCUGGAACAUAAUGACAGUGUCUCUCUGUUACCUCCCCCUCCAGCUGAACUGGAUCUCCCUCCUCCUCCUUCUCUUGAUAUGGCCGAUUUGCCGCCUCCCCCACCAGAAGACGAUUUACCCCCUCCUGUACUCCCUGCCCCUGUGGAGAUCUCCACUCCUCCCACUCCUCCCCCCACAGUCCCUGCUCCACCAGCUCCACCACUCUGCCAAACUCCAGCUAAACCAGCUAAACCUGCACGCAGAGUGACGCCGCCAGGAGCACCACCAACACCGCCCGCUACCCCGCCAUCUGGUGUUAAAGUUAAUAAACCCGCCCCCGACAUGUCAUACCGUCCUAAUCGUAAAGCCUCGCUUGACAUGCCGAAGUCAGCCUUGACUCAGUUUGGGGAGGAAGUGAUCAAUAUCGCCCACUCGAGGGAGAAUUCCGGGGAUACAAGUAUGACGGCGAAACCUCGAUCGGGCAAAUUUUUCAAACUCUUACAAUCCCAGCUCGAUGAAAUGAAAGCCGAGACAACUGAGACGCCCGUAGAAAACACUCCUGCUGUUACCCCCAUACCCAAGUACACUUUCCCUGGUUACAACAUCUCGGCAGCUCCUCCUAAUGGCACUUCACCAGCCUCGCCGGUUCCGUCCCCGGCUGCUUCCCCGGCUCCUCCGCCUGUAGCUCCUAAACCUUCUGUUAAUGUGCAGAAGUCUUCCGCUUCUUUCAAUCUGAUGAGCAUGGCUUAUUCUCCUAGUCCUACAAAGAGUCCCACCCAGGCUCCAACCUUCACCAGACCCAUCUCCAAGUCUCCUUCUGUCUCCAAGUCUCCAUCUGUCUCCAAGUCUCCAUCUGUCUCCAACUCUCCUUCUGUCUCCAAGUCUCCUUCUGUCUCCUCCACCUCCUCAUCUGAAGGGACCAGGUCUCCUUCCUCUGCAAUACUUAAAGCUCCUGUCAGCUUUACAUCCAACAGCCAAGAGCUUGAAUUUGCUGACACUGAGUCACUAGUCGAUAUGAAGAAGAAAUUUGAAACUGUGGAUCUGAACAACAGCAAGUUUAAGAACAGAGGUUCGUUCUUCAACAAAUAUAGUGGUACUCCGGAUCCUCCCCCUGCAGAGGUACCCGUCACCCGUUCUUACACUCCCAUUGAUACUUCAAUACCAGCUGAGCCGCCAACUCCUGCCACGCCGCCAACUCCUGCUACGCCGCCAGCUACGCCGCCAGCCCCUGUAGUGGUUCCAACUCCAGUAGUGGCACCAGCUCCAGCUGUCACAAUACAAGUACCAGCAACACCACCAGCUCCUGUUACACUCCCCAGUACUGGAGCAGUCAAAUCAGCUGGUCCCACUCUCAUAUUCAAAUCCUCACCCUCCUCCUCCCCAGCUAGCAGCAAUCCCUCUACUAGAUCCAGCUCCCCAGCUAGAGGAACCUAUAAGCAGAGCCCAGUUCGGCCCCCAGUUCGGUGCAUUACUCCUCCUCCGGAUGAGAAUACAGCUAACUAUACUAAAAGUGUUAUCCCGAAGUCAGCUGCUGCAAAGCCCCAAUCUACCUGCACCUCUCCUCUGCCCAGGUUUGAAAACCCGGACGCUGUCCCAAUCCUGAACCGACAAGGCUCCCGAUCCAGCGUUAAUAAGACACCUGUCAAACCCAGAAUGGUGUCUCUGACUGAUGACUCACAAGGUCCUGAGGAGGACACUAAACAGUCCCCUAGUCUCUCUAAACUAAUAUUUGGGGGUGCUAAAGGUUCUGCACCUACCUUUAACAGUCCAGAUAGAGGUUAUAACAGAGGUGUUUCUAAUAAUGGUGGGGCACUGUCACCAACAGGGAUUGCACCCAGUAACGGUUCUGUUACUUCUCCUAGCAAGACUCCUGCUACGCAAGGCAGUCCAACUGAAGCACAAGGUCCCACUACGCCCCGGAUUAAUGGUGGCACUACAAACGGGGGUUCUACCCCUAGAAGUACUUCAAAUGGGGGCACCUCACCUGGGGGCACGGUGAACGGGGGCACCUCGCCUGGAGGGAAGAGUCUGUUUACUUCUAAACCAAUCCUGCUCCCCAUUUGCAAGGCGUGUCAUCAGGAAAUAAGAGGGCCGUACGUAGGAGCGCAGGGAAGGGCGUGGCACUCUGAACACUUUGUGUGUACUGUGUGCGAUGGUGAUUUAUCACAGGGAUUCAAAGAAGUGGAGGAUAAGUUGUUUUGUGGACCGUGCUACUUUGAGGAAUUCGGAGAAAAGUGUGCUAACUGUGGCAAAACUUGUGCUGGGUCGGUAAUUCAAGCAUUGGGAAAGAGCUACCACCCUGAACAUUUCACUUGUUUUGACUGUGGGAUCGUUCUUAAAGAAGGCUUCAAUGUGGAUAAAGGUAACCCGUACUGCCAAGCCUGUCACAUGAACUUUAUGCCUGUUUGUGCUGGGUGUAACGGGAGGAUAGAAGGAGCAAGCCAGUGGAUUAGUGCUCUUGAAAAAGAUUGGCACAACGGCUGCUUUACUUGUGGAGUCUGCAAAGCCCCUCUAGCCGGAUCCUCAUUCUAUCACGACGGACAAGGAAAGGCUUUGUGUCAGGUUCAUGCCCGGUCCACCAACCGACCGACCGUGGCUUAAUUCCGAGCCGAUUCAGGAAACUCAAAUAUUCAGACCAACCACGAAGAUUAAGCUGUCCGCCACGAUUUAAUGUGUUUUGUAUGAUUUGGUGUUAAGAGAUAUUAAAUGGUUAGAGUUUUGGUCUGAAAAGCUGUGAUAUUAGGGAUCAUGAUUGUUGUAUUUGAUAUUUUAAGAUUGAAAAGUUUUUCGUGUAAUUAACCACUGCUGAACACCAAGGUUAUAACGCAAUAAUUUUAAUUGUUUUCAGUUUUAUCCUUGAUCAAUAUUUUAAGUAGUGAGUAAUCCAAAAUUGCCCUGACAGACUUGAUUGGUAAAUAUUAUAUGACUGCUGGACCAUUUACGACAGCUUACCUAGCUGAAUAAAGAACCUUAUAGCAGCCACCUCUUUAAGCUUUAAAGUACCACGCUCUUACAACCCUUUAAUUUUAUGACGCUUAAACAUUAAACGUACAAAUUUAAUGAUUUCUGUCUGUUGAUGGUCGUGAUCGUAGUAUAUUGCAGUUCCCCUGGUUAAUCCCUACAUUUGUAGAAGUGUAUACCAUUUUGUUUCUUGUGGGAAAAGCAUUUCAUCAGUAAGACUCGAUGUCCGUCAUUAUGCAUAACAUGAAACAAGACUCAGGUUUUGUACUUAAAUUGCAUGCCCUUUUAUUAAUCAUAUUUUGCUCUUAAAAUCUUUUGAUGUUUUUACUAAAUUUGUAUGAUAAAAGAUUCGAUAAAUUC